GCGGUCCCUCGUAUGCCAAACAAGAAUACUUCCAGAGCUUUCUGCCUAAAUCGUCGAAGCAUUCGAAGCGGCACACAGGGAAAGAGUCAGACAGUUUUGAUCGACGCGAGCGAACCUUGAGCGCACGGAAGUCACCGGCGUAAUGGAAAAGGUGUCAGCACUGAAAGACAAAGGCAACGCCGCGCUGCAAGAAGGUAAAUAUGAUGAAGCGGUCAAGUAUUACACUGAGGCAAUCGCCUUGGACGGUAGCAACCACGUAUUGUAUAGCAACAGAUCGGCGGCUUAUGCCAAAGCUGAAAAGUACGAGCAGGCGCUAGAGGAUGCUGCAAAAACAGUAGAGCUAAAGCCUGACUGGGUUAAGGGCUACUCCAGAAAGGGUAGCGCCCUCGCGUACCUGGGUAGAUUGGACGAGUCGAUAAAGGCUUACGAAGAGGGUCUCAAAUUAGACCCUGAUAAUCAGCAGUUGAGGGAGGGCUUGUCCGAAGUGCAGGCGCAGAGGAGUGACGCAAAUCCCUUCAACGCCCCAGAUAUUUUCGUAAAAUUGCGCAGCGAUCCAAGGACUAGAGCGUACCUCGAUGACCCCGAGUAUGUCAAACUGAUCCAGGAGCUCAGAAGUAACCCCAGGAUUCUAGGCGCUAGGUUGCAAGAUAAUCGAGUACUUACGACCUUGAGCGUACUUCUUGGACUGAAUCCUGGAGACAUGGACGAGCCUAUGGAUGUCGACCCUCCAAAGCCUACGAGAGAGACUUCGCAGCCUACACAGGAAGCAAAACCCGAGAAAAAAGAGGAUGAGAAUCUUCCUGAAGAGAAGAAGGCGGCCAAACGAGAAAAAGAGUUGGGAAACGAAGCAUAUAAGAAGAAAAACUUCGAGGCCGCCUUGGAACAUUAUAAUAAAGCCAUCGAGCUUGACCCUACGGAUAUUACGUAUCGAAACAAUGUCGCAGCAGUUUACUUUGAGCAAAAAGAGUACCAAAAAUGUAUAGAACAAUGCGAACAGGCCAUUGAAGUUGGUCGGGAAAAUAGGGCGGAUUUUAAACUUAUAGCAAAGGCGUUCACUCGAAUUGGGAAUGCCUAUAAGAAAUUAGAGAAUUGGAAACAGGCUAAAGUUUAUUACGAAAAAUCUAUGUCCGAGCACAGAACACCCGAGAUUAAAACCCUCCUGUCCGAUAUCGAUAAGAAAAUUAAGGAGCAGGAGAGAAAAGCUUAUAUUGACCCGAUCAAAGCUGAGGAAGAAAAAGAACUUGGCAACCAAAAGUUUAAGGACGGAGAUUACGUCGGAGCAGUAAAACACUACUCAGAAGCCAUUUUGAGAAAUCCUGAUGAGCCAAAAUAUUACAGUAACAGAGCAGCCUGUUAUACUAAACUUGUAGCUUUUGACUUGGGGCUAAAAGACUGUGAGAAGUGCGUAGAAAUUGACCCAAAAUUCAUCAAGGGAUGGAUAAGAAAGGGUAAAAUCCUCCAAGGAAUGCAGCAGCAAGGAAAAGCUCUGUCCGCUUAUCAGAAAGCAUUAGAAAUAGACCCAUCCAAUAGCGAAGCGCUGGAUGGCUACCGGUCCUGUACCGUCGCUGUUAGCUCCAAUCCCGAGGAAGUCAGAAAGAGAGCCAUGGCUGACCCGGAGGUUCAGAACAUCCUCAGAGAUCCUGCGAUGCGUUUGAUUCUUGAGCAAAUGCAGAGCGAUCCAAAAGCACUCCAAGACCAUCUGAAAAAUCCUGACAUUGCGGCAAAAAUACAAAAGCUUCUUGAAUCCGGACUUGUAGCAAUACAUUGAAAAAGACAGGGGAAUGGAACAGCCAACAAUAUCUAUAAGAAUUUACCAGCUGUACCCGCCUUAGAAAAUAACAACGUAAUACAAUAUAACAUUCUAUCAUCGCUGUGUUCCUUCAUUACGAUGAAGACGGCUUUACAUUUAGUUAAUGAUACGUUAAUUUUACAAUUUUUAUCGUAUUCUACAUACAAUUGGGUGAAUGAGGUUUUCGACUCCAGCGAGUGCUUGCCUUUGCUGUUUUGUCUAUUAUAUUGUAUUGUGAUGCGAUUUGCUAGUCAAAUCGGUCAAAUACCUUUUCUCGAUUUUUCAGAAAAAUCUGCAAAUACGAAUUUCCCAAUGUUUGAAAUUGGGCAAGUUUUUUGUAUCGGUAAAUAAUUGAGCUAAAAGGAAUAAUAAAUAUUGUCGCAUUGUACUUUA